UGUCUCGUCCCCUCAGGCUUGCCUUAACAGUGAGGGACAAGCACUUUGUGUCCUUGAGCAGAUGGCUGAGGGCCACCACCCUCAAGGAGCUAGCCCUCAGGGUGAUGGCUGAAGGAGGGGGGGACGAGAUUUUUCACCUGGGAGACAUGGGGCGGCCGUCAGUAGGCUCUGUGCGUGUGCCCAGAGCCCGGCUCCACACACGGGGAGGAAUUCCCCCACACACAACGCCCCUACUUCGAAAUGCAGCCCCUCGAGUGGACGAGACAGGGGCUGGGGGUGGGAAAUGGCCGCGGGGCUGGGAGGGUCGCCCUGGGGAGCGGCCGGCCCGGGGCAGGGCUUGCGAAGGAGCCUGGGGGUGGUUGGAGGCGUCUCCCGGGCCAGCCCGGAGCCGGCUGUCGGUGUUUCCCCAUAAAUAACCGCGGCCGGGCCGUAUAAAUGCUGCGGCUCAGGUGGGGACCCGCCGCUUCAGGACGCGGACAGCGCCGCGCCGCGGGGCCGAGCCCAGCCCAGCCCGGGACCGAGCGGGGCCGCCAGGGGGUGCCGGAGCGGGGACCGGGCUCCGCUCGCCGCCCGCCACCUCAGGCGGGGUCAUGGCAGCGGGCGAGCGGGCGGCGGAGCCGCUGGCGGAGCUCAGCCACUACGUGGUGGCGCGGCCCAUCUACAGCGAGGCGGGCUUCCAGGAGGAGAACGAGCGGCGGCCGCCGCUGCCGCCCACGCUCCGCGAGCGGGCGCAGGCAGCCUGCAGCUGUUCGAGAAAAAGGGCUUUUCAGAUCACCAAGUCCUUCCUGCCCAUCCUGGAGUGGCUGCCAAACUACCGCGUGAAGGAAUGGCUGGUCAGCGAUAUCAUCUCAGGGGUCAGCACCGGCCUCGUCGCCACCCUGCAAGGUUUGGCAUAUGCUUUGCUGGUGGCAGUUCCUGUUGGAUACGGUCUCUAUUCUGCCUUUUUCCCCAUCCUGACAUACUUUUUCCUGGGAACAUCAAGGCACAUCUCAGUUGGUCCAUUCCCUGUAGUCAGUUUGAUGGUGGGAUCUGUUGUAUUGAGCAUGGCCCCCGAUGAUAAUUUUCUCAUAGAUGGCAGUAAUGCUACAGGGAUUAAUGGUACUGGGAUGCUGAUAGACACAGAAUCCAGAGAUGCACAGAGAGUGCUGAUUGCUAGCACCCUCACAUUUCUCGUUGGAAUUUUACAGGUAAUAUUUGGAGUCCUUCAGAUUGGUUUCAUUGUGAGGUACCUUGCAGAUCCACUAGUUGGGGGAUUCACAACUGCAGCUGCUUUUCAAGUGUUUGUGUCGCAACUGAAAAUAGUCCUAAAUGUUUCAACUAAAAACUAUAAUGGUGUCCUUUCCAUAAUAUACACUCUUAUUGAAACCUUUGAAAGAAUUGGUACCACCAACAUUGCAGAUCUUAUUGCCGGACUCCUCACCAUUUUUGUCUGCAUGGUAGUUAAGGAAAUAAAUGAUCGAUUCAAACACAAGAUUCCUAUACCGAUACCAAUAGAAGUUAUUGUGACAAUAGUAGCCACUGGCAUUUCAUAUGCUGCCGACUUCGAAAAAAAAUACAAUGCAGGCAUUGUUAAGAGCAUUCCAAGAGGAUUUUUGCCUCCCGAACCUCCAGAUGUCAGCCUGUUUUCCCAGAUGAUAGCAGCCUCCUUUUCCAUCGCUAUUGUUGCUUAUGCUAUUGCUGUAUCUGUGGGGAAAGUAUAUGCAACCAAGUAUGACUAUGCUAUUGAUGGAAACCAGGAGUUUAUUGCCUUUGGGAUCAGCAACAUUUUUUCUGGUGCCUUUUCUUGUUUUGUUGCAACGACUGCUCUUUCACGGACUGCAGUCCAAGAAAGUACUGGUGGAAAGACUCAGGUUGCUGGUAUAAUCUCAGCUGGGAUUGUUUUGAUUGCCAUUGUUGCCUUGGGGAAAUUGCUAGAGCCCUUACAAAAGUCUGUGUUGGCAGCUGUAGUCAUAGCUAACUUGAAAGGGAUGUUCAUGCAAGUGUUUGAUGUUCCCCGUCUGUGGAGACAGAAUAAAGUGGAUGCUAUGAUCUGGGUUUUUACAUGUGUAGCAUCCAUCAUUCUGGGACUUGAUUUGGGACUGCUUGCUGGCCUUUUGUUUGGAUUGCUGACAGUUGUGCUGAGAGUUCAGUUUCCUUCAUGGGGUGGCUUUGGAAACAUUCCUGGCACGGACAUAUACAAGAAGGUCAAGGACUACAAAAAUGUUGUAGAACCAGAAGGUGUGAAGAUCCUCAAGUUUUCAAGUCCAAUUUUUUAUGCUAACAUUGAUGGACUGAAAAGUAGCCUCAAAUCCACAGUGGGAUUUGAUGCAGUCAAGGUAUAUAAUAAGAGACUCAAAGCACUAAGGAAGAUACAAAAGCUUAUCAAGAAGGGGAAACUGAAAGCUACUAAGAAUGGCAUCAUCAGUGAGCCUGGCAUAACUAAUGAAGCUUUUGAGACUGAUGAGGAACCUGAAGACAACGAAGAUAUUCAAGUUCCCAGCAAAGAAGUAGAGAUCCAGGUGGACUGGAAUUCAGAUCUUCCGGUCAAAGUAAACAUCCCCAAGGUGCCAAUCCACAGUCUCAUUCUUGAUUUUGGAGCAGUAACCUUCUUGGAUAUUGUAGCUGUGAGAUCAAUAAAAACGAUAAUUAGAGAGUUUGAGAGAAUUGAUGUGAGAGUGUACUUUGCUUCAUAUCAAGACAACCUUAUAUCUCAGCUGGAACGGAGUGCCUUCUUUGAUGACAUUGUCAGAAAAGACAUAUUUUUCUUGACUGUCCAUGAUGCUGUGCUUUACAUAAGGAAUCAGAUGACAUGCAGUGACAACCAGGAUCCCAUAUUUGAGAAGAUUUCACUUAUGCAGGAGUCUAAAGAACCUAUAGAAUUCACAGAAACAACCCGGCCUGAUGACGAGCUUGAUGUUCAGGAAGAGGCUAUGCGCAGACUGGCUUCCUGAAGAGGGGCUGCUGGGACUGUCUUACCUGUGAAUUCACAGCAAUAUUUAUGCACCGGUACUAUAUACGCAUUUUCUGCAAUGAAACCAAUCUUGGCACUUGAAGAAAACCGAUUCUUAGUCUGAAUGAUACGGAUCUCUAGAAAUCUCCAAAUUUUAGCUAACGUUAUGCCUGAAAUAUUCUGGACCUUGAUUCAGCGAGCACUUUCCAAUAUGAUAUCUUGAUAAAAAAAUCAGAAGACUGUUAUGAAAGAUGUACUCAGUCCGGGGACUAGUCAGGCAAAAGGUACAUUACGCUGCUAUGUCGGUGAGUACAGGAAGAAAAGCUGCAUUGUGCUCCACCCAGGGGAGUUGAAGAGACCAAGAUCUUUGGAUUGCAGGCGUUUUGUUAUGUCUUUGUACAACGACUAGCGAGAGGGCAGGAGUUCUAGCUGGCCAAGUUUUGGCAAUUCUAGAAGAUUUGUGUGACCUUCCUGAAAAAUCUAUCUGCGUUGUUCUUUCCAAGCAAUUCCUUAAAUUGCUACAGGUUGUUGGAUAGCUGGUUGGAGAGCAGGUGACAGGUGGAACAGCCACAUGAACAGAAAACUGCACUGAACUACUAAAAACUUUAAAUAGACUAAGUUUCAAUAGUAAAGAUAUUUGGAUAGGGGCUUAUUAGCUUUGUAUUAAUCCCACUCUGGCAGAUCAUGCACUACUGUUAAUGACCAUCCCUAAAAUGAAGCAUACACAGCAGACUGUUUUGGCUAGUUUACACAUCUUUCAUCAAUAGGCAGAUGAUGAUGCAGCUUAGAUUAAUAAAAAUCUUAGUUCCCAAGUACUUAACGGAAUCCGUGCAACAGGCUGCUACUGAAUGCAAGUAAGAGUCAGAAUGUGACCAACUGUAGAGGUUUUUUUAAAUUAAAUAUAGGAAAAUAAUUAGUUUAAUGAAUAGUUCUAUUUUUAUAUAGUGUAUUUUUUCUUUUAAUAUUCUACAUCAGACUGCUGCUGUUCUUUUGCAGGAAAUGUAUAGGCAUUUGACAGUCCAUAAUGCACAAGUGCAAUAGUUUUCAAACGAUAAAGGAGUUGAAGUGCACAACUUUAAUCCUUGUUUUAGAAGUAUAUAAAAUAGAUAUGCAAUAAGUCAAUGUUCUUAAUUUUCAUGAAAAAGAAGUGGAUGGAAAAUGGACUGCUACCUUAAAUAUUUUAGCACUAUAUUUUUAAUGGAAAAAAAAUCUUGCAUGGUGAGGGAAUAUAUAAUAAGAAAAGUAUAUGAAAUGUCUGGUAUAAGGGCCCUUUUAUAUUUAAGAUUCACAAUUUUGGCUAAAUAGCAUCAGUAUGUUCACAUACUUGCGUCUCCUUACUUGAUUCCAUCAGAGAAUUUUUCCUGUAUUUCACUGCACUGAGAUUUUUUUUUUUUUGCUGCAAGUAAAGUUAAUGGAAAAUCUCAGGUGAAAAGCUAAGCACUGAAUAAAUUAUCUGCCCUAAAGACCUGAGUGAACUCCAUUAAAAUCAGUGAAAAAA